AUGCAGGUUUUUCCAACUGAGAAGCAGAAAAUGGAUAACUCUGAAUUCAUGAUGUACACGUUUAAAGUUGUAUCUUGUAAAAUACGUCACUCUCAUGACUGGAGUAGGUGCUGCUAUGUGCAUCACGGAGAAGAUUCAAGAAGGCGUGAUCCAAGAAAGCAUCAUUAUAGCUCUGUCAUUUGUCCCGAGUUUAGCAACAGUUGGCGCUGCAGCAAAGGAGAGUCCUGCCCAUUUUCUCAUGGAAGGUAUGAGUGGGGGCUUCACCCUUCUCAUUACCGAACCAGGUUUUGCAACAAUGGAACUGAAUGCACACGAGAGGUGUGCUUCUUUGCUCACAAACCGGAGGAGAUUCGCAGGCCAGAAAAUUCUUCUGCUUAUUCUUUGCCUACACCUCUAUCAAAUUCAGGUAGUGCUCACCCUUUCAGACUGCGCCCACCAACAAUUCAGAUGCCGAUGAAUUUCGCAAGAAACACCGAUCUGCACAAUGAGUUUCGCACAAACCAGAAUAUGCGCAGGCUUCCAGGAAUCCAGGUGGAUCAACGGGGCUAUCCUCCAUACUCUACAAAUUCAGAUGUAAUUGGAUUACCACAAUCCAGGGCUGAUCCAUCUAUGAGUUCAAGAUAUGAUGCCACUUCGAAGCGAAGCCAAGAAUUUAUUGAGCACAGUAGUAUGCCGAGUUUUAAUCCUAAUCUUUCAUCUGCUACAUCAGUUUCUGCAGAGCCUUCUAACUUAUCCGGUUGGGGCUCAGGUGAUCGAAAAUUAGACUGGUCUAUACCUGGUGAUGAACUCAAUAGGAGGACAAAAUUGUAUUCUUCUGGCCUUGGAAACAAAAGCAGCAUUCCAACAAUGGCGGCGCCAAAUGUUGAUGAUCCGGAUGUGUUGCUAAGCGAAGAACCAUGGGUUGAAUCACUUUUGAAGGAUGAUGACCCAACAUCGGGUUCUGAUCAUUAG